CACGGUGACGCACAGCCCGCGCAGGCGCAUUCGGCCCCACCCUCCCGCUGCCGGCCGCCCGCCGCUCGGUAUUAUGAUUAGCGCUGGGUGCGGGGUUCCAGCGGCCGGGAGGGAGUUGUCGGAGCCGCGGCCGCUGCGGACGGACGCCCGCCUGCCGGCUGAGAGCCUCCUGAGAGUCUGCUUUGGCACCUUCAGCAUUUUGCUUCUUCUCAGGAGAAAGAAGCAACUAACAAAACACAGUGAUAACAAGGAUUAUUCAGUGUGCAGUUUUCAAGAUGUCCGUGGCAACAUUGAAAAUGAAUUCCUUAUUUUCAGCAGAUAUUCUUAUAUGAGAAGAUCCAUUUCAAAUAGUGUAAAUAUUUUUCCUCCUGUUGGACCAGCAUGGCAGGAUUCAAACGAGGAUAUGAUGGAAAGAUUGCUGGAUUAUAUGAUCUGGACAAAACCUUGGGUCGAGGUCAUUUCGCAGUGGUUAAGCUUGCCAGGCAUGUCUUUACAGGUGAAAAGGUGGCAGUAAAAGUUAUUGAUAAGACAAAACUGGACACUCUAGCCACUGGUCAUCUUUUCCAGGAAGUGAGAUGUAUGAAACUAGUGCAGCAUCCUAACAUUGUUCGUCUUUAUGAAGUUAUUGACACCCAGACCAAAUUAUAUCUUAUUCUAGAACUUGGAGACGGAGGAGAUAUGUUUGAUUACAUAAUGAAGCAUGAGGAGGGUCUUAAUGAAGACUUGGCCAAGAAGUACUUUGCUCAGAUAGUUCAUGCUAUAUCAUAUUGCCAUAAACUCCAUGUGGUUCACAGAGACUUAAAACCAGAGAAUGUAGUCUUCUUUGAAAAACAAGGUCUUGUAAAGUUGACAGACUUUGGUUUCAGCAACAAAUUUCAACCAGGGAAGAAGCUCACUACAAGCUGUGGAUCUCUUGCAUAUUCUGCUCCAGAAAUUCUGCUCGGUGAUGAGUAUGAUGCACCUGCAGUAGAUAUAUGGAGUCUGGGAGUGAUCCUUUUCAUGUUGGUAUGUGGGCAACCACCAUUUCAAGAGGCCAAUGACAGUGAAACAUUGACAAUGAUCAUGGAUUGCAAAUAUACAGUACCAUCCCAUGUGUCUAAAGAAUGUAAAGACUUAAUCACACGGAUGCUACAAAGAGAUCCCAAGAGGAGGGCCUCUCUAGAAGAAAUCGAAAACCAUCCAUGGCUUCAGGGAGUGGACCCUUCACCAGCCACAAAGUAUAACAUACCCCUUGUGUCAUACAAAAAUCUCUCUGAAGAGGAGCACAACAGUAUCAUUCAGCGCAUGGUGCUUGGGGACAUAGCAGAUCGAGAUGCCAUUGUUGAAGCACUGGAAACCAACAGGUAUAACCACAUCACGGCCACUUACUUCUUGCUUGCUGAAAGGAUCCUGAGAGAAAAGCAAGAAAAAGAAAUACAAACUAGAUCUGCCAGCCCUAGCAAUAUCAAGGCCCAGUUUAGGCAGUCAUGGCCAACCAAAAUCGAUGUACCCCAGGACCUUGAGGAUGACCUCACGGCUACACCUUUGUCCCAUGCGACUGUUCCCCAGUCUCCUGCGCGGGCUGCUGACAAUGUCCUUAAUGGCCACAGGAGCAAAGGCCUGUGUGAUUCAGCGAAGAAAGACGACCUGCAGGAGUUGGCUGGACCAGCACUCUCCACGGUGUCGCCCACAACCUUAAAACCCACCGCCAGUGGGCGGAAGUGUCUGUUUAGGGUGGAGGAAGAUGAGGAGGAGGAUGAAGAGGAUAAGAAACCCAUGUCCCUCUCAACACAAGUGGUUCUGCGCCGUAAGCCCUCAGUGACCAACCGUCUGACAUCUAGGAAGAGUGCUCCUGUCCUCAACCAGAUCUUUGAAGAAGGGGAAUCCGAUGAUGAAUUCGACAUGGAUGAGAAUCUGCCUCCCAAGUUGAGCAGGUUAAAGAUGAACAUUGCUUCCCCCGGGACUGUCCACAAACGCUACCACCGGAGGAAAAGUCAGGGCCGGGGCUCCAGCUGCAGUAGUUCAGAAACCAGUGACGAUGAUUCUGAAAGCCGGAGGCGCCUGGAUAAAGAUAGCGGGUUCACCUACUCUUGGCACCGCCGGGAUAGCAGUGAGGGCCCCCCUGGCAGCGAGGGGGAUGGUGGGGGCCAGAGCAAGCCAAGCAAUGGCAGUGGAGGGGCGGACAAGGCCAGCCCCAGUGAGAACAAUGCUGGUGGGGGCAGCCCCUCCAGUGGCUCUGGUGGCAACCCCACCAACACUUCAGGCAGCACGCGCCGCUGUGCUGGCCCCAGCAACUCCAUGCAGCUGGCCUCGCGAAGUGCGGGGGAGCUCGUGGAGAGCCUCAAACUCAUGAGCCUCUGCCUCGGCUCCCAGCUUCACGGCAGCACCAAGUACAUUAUUGAUCCCCAGAAGGGCUUGUCGUUUUCCAGUGUGAAGGUCCAGGAAAAGUCCACCUGGAAAAUGUGCAUCAGCUCCACAGGGAAUGCAGGGCAGGCCCCCGCAGUGGGCAGUAUAAAGUUUUUCUCUGACCACAUGGCAGAUACCACCACUGAAUUAGAACGAAUAAAGAACAGGAAUCUGAAAAAUAACGUGCUCCAGCUACCUCUGUGUGAAAAGACCAUCUCUGUGAACAUUCAGCGGAACCCUAAGGAGGGGCUGCUGUGUGCCUCCAGCCAGGCCAGCUGCUGCCACGUCAUCUGACUGCGGCCCACUGACCACUGGCACACCUCCUGCUCAGAGCCGCAAAGACCGGCUCACUUCACUGUUUCCUUUCUGUUUUACUCUUUGAAAGUGGGUGUUCUGAGCAAUUAUUUAUCACCUUUUCGUUUGUUCUCCUGAUGCUGUGACAAUGCAUGGUCUUUGUGCAUGCUGCUAGACUCUCUUCUUUCCCAGCCGAAAAGUCUACUGUGUAAUUUUUACAUUCAUAAUUUUAAUGUGGAUGAUCAGGAUUCAAUUAAAAUGUAUCUUUGGAACCUAACGUAAAUGGAGCACUUAGAAAUUUGAUGUUCUGCACUUAACCUAGAGAGAGAAAAUGCUUUUGUUUCCUUGUUAAAAAAAAAAAAAAAAUCUAAAUUCCUGUCCUGACCUUCUGUGAUACGGAAACUCCGUGCUCUGAGGCACACUGUGGUGUCUGAGACAGAACCAAAGCAAUAACGUGGUGAAGCCGACAGGCCUGGGUGCGAGCCCAUGCUGCCCAGCCGCCCAGGGCCUGUGCAGAGCAGAGGACAGCAAGCAUCUGCACUGAGAACCUUAGAACUAUGAUUUAAACAUACCCACACCUGUUUGUCUUAAGCUAUAGUGCGAAAAAAAAGUUUGGGCUCUUAAAAUUUAACUGAAGAAGAUUUUCUUGUUUUUGUAAUAGGUGAGAUAAAGUACUUAGAUUUGUAAGGCAGCUUCCCCUGUAGUGAUGAAUUACAAGCAGACAAUCUUUUGUAAUGUGACAAAGUGAAUUAAUGUCUUAACUCUACUUAUAGAGUAUAUGUCUGUCUAACAGAACAGAAAGAUGCUCUGUGUAAAUUCCUUCCUGUAGGGCACGCUGCAGGUAAUCCUUCAAAAUCAUAUCGAUAGAAGAAACUGGAGGGCCUAGUACAGAAGCAGAGGUGCACACACAUGUUGGCAAGUCAAAACUCGUAAAUUAAAACAAGUAAGUUUUGUUUUUUAGGAAUUUGUUAACUAGGUUGUCUCUUUUGUUAAUUCCAUUCCAUUCCAUCCUUUGGCUCAGCUAGCCAUGAAAAUUGGCUGAUUAAAAAUAUACAUGAAAGGGUAAAAUUCACACAGCAAACAAAAAUGCACAAAGCCUGAUUUGUAACUCCCCCCGUAAGUGUUUCCCUUUGCCUUCCUGCCAUUUCCUGCCAAACAAUAAUCAAAGAACUCUUGCUUUAAACUAUUCCUGUAUAAAGACUACUUUGACCAGAUAAUCAUCUCUCCUGGCAUUCAUUCUUGUAGGAUGCAAUAUAUUACAGAUUGUGAAUUUUAGAAGGAGCCAGAUCUAUUUUUUCAUGCUAUGUCCUGGGGGGGUCUUAGAAACAGUGCUUAUCAACAUUGGUGAUAGGAUGUGACUGGGCUGUGGGCCCUUCCCCUCCUGUCAUGGCUCCAGGUGAGGAACUGAGAUGCAUCUGGUCACGUACUUGAGAGAGUGGGCAGAGCACCAAAGAGCUGCAUUACGUUGGUCAUGGUUUCUUCAAGUACUACUCAACUGACUCUGCUACUUUAGGAAUAAUAUAUUUUACUCAGAACUCUGAACUUCACAGUAUAUCUAACUAUACUAAGUAAAAUGAUACUUAAAAUGCUUAAUUUACUUUCUAGACCUAGGCUAGCUAGAUACGUUUUAAGCUACAGCUCUAGUUCAUUGUGAUAUUUAUCAUUGAAAGCUAUGAAAAUAGAUGUGUGGGUGAAGCCAUAGAACAUAUUUGCUUGAAACUUUUGAGCAGGGAUCAUAUAAAGGGCCAGAAAUAAGAUGUGUGGUUCACAUAGAUCGUGAGCGUAACAUCUGUAUUAAACGUAGGAGAGAAGUUUAUAAAGGGCAUUGGCAAUAAACUCUUUGUUGCAGCUGUUUUCCAAGUAAUGUAAAUACUUUUUCCUGUGAUUAUGUAUAGCCUUGGAAUGGCACCUUUUAACUAACCCACAUGUGUUUGGUUUUCAAUGGUUUUUUAUAUUCAGAUGUAUAUAUGGUGCUCACUUUAGGAUCAGCAGUGUUGACCAUUUAUGCUGCAUAGCUGUAUUAUAGCCUUAUUAGUUAUGUGUGGUUGGGUGACCCUCUGGGUAUACAGUUGUCUGUCUGAGUGUUGUCUAACUCAUUUGUUGAUAAGUGAAUGAUUGUGCAUGUGUUGUAUGUCAUAGUAUGUCGUCACAUAAAAGGGAGGGAGCGGAAAACCAUUACAUUAAGAUAAUAUUGGACCAAACUACUUACUUGCUCUAAACAGUUACUUGUACCCCUUAACCUGUCUUCAAAAGUUGCAUAUAGUUACAGUAGUGUAUAUUAAAUAUUGUGGGAAAACAGUUAGUCUUGUAUUUUUCUGUAUGUGUGUAUAUACAUAUAAUUAUGUACUUCUGGCAAUUCUAUCUGUAUUUAAAGAUGUGACAAUCUUGACACCGAUUUUAAGACUAGCCGUGAGACUGAAUUAAAGAUGAUAUCCCUACCAAGUGAAAAUUGAUGUGUGUUAAGAGGGUACAGAAUUAUCAACUGAUUUGGUCAGUUGCUUCCAAUUCUGGUUGAUUUUCCUUAUUGUGUAAACAUUGGCAGGUAUGUGACAAAUGGGAAAAUAACCCAAAUAAUAAAGUGACAUAUUGGUGUUCAGCAAUAUAAA